AUAAAUUUAAGAACAUGCACCACAUGAAUAUUUUAUAAGGCGUUCAACCUUACUUAGUGUUUACAUGCAAUCCUGUUAAUUGUGGAGUAAUAAUGUGUUCAAUUUGGGAAUCCCCAGCCUCGAUUUGACGAACUGAAAACAAAUGGCUACAGCUGGAGCACUAGACACCGACAGUGAAGAUGAAAUUCCUGCUGGCUGGGAAGAGAGAGUCACCUUGGAAGGAAGGGUUUACUAUGCAAAUCAUAGUACCAAGUCCACACAAUGGGAGCAUCCUACAACUGGUAAAAAGAAAAGGAUAACAGGAGAACUUCCAUAUGGUUGGGAAAGGAAGCUCAAAGACAAUGGACAGGUGUAUUAUGUUGACCACAUCAAUGAGAAAGUCACUUACACUGACCCUCGCCUUGCUUUUGCUGUAGAAGACACUGGGAACAACCUGCUGGAGUUUAAACAGAGGUUUGAUGCCAGUAGUACUGCAGAGCAGGUGCUCCAGGGGAGAGACCUCACUGGGAAGUAUGUCAUUGUGACUGGAGCCAAUGGUGGAAUAGGGUUUGAGACGGCCCGUUCUAUGGCCCUCCAUGGGGCCCACGUCACCCUGGCCUGCCGUGACAUGAAGAAGGCUCAUGAUGCUGUGGAGAGAAUACAAAAAGAAAGAAAAGUGGCCCAAGUGGUGGCCAUGAGACUGGACCUGGCCUCUCUGAAGUCUGUGCAAGAGUUUGCUGAGGAGUACAAGAGGAAUGACUGGCCAUUGCAUAUUCUGAUAUUGAAUGCAGCAGUGUUUGGUGUGCCACAUGAGUUAACAGAAGAUGGAUAUGAAACCACAUUUCAAGUCAACUAUCUGGGCCACUUCUUCCUAACACAGUUACUGGAAGAGGUGUUGAUACGAUCAGCUCCGGCAAAAGUAGUGGUUGUUUCAUCGGAAUCACACAGAUUCUCAGACCUUGAUUUAGAUAAUAUUUCCAUUCAGAAAUUAUCACCCGAUAAAGACAACUACACGGCCAUGUAUGCCUAUAACCUUUCAAAACUGUGCAAUGUGCUAUUUGCCCAUGGGCUCCAUGCAAGGCUGAGCAAGUUUAGGGUGUGGACCAACUCCUGUCACCCAGGAAACAUGAUGUACACCAAUUUACAUCGAAGCUGGUGGGUCUGGACGCUGCUCUUUGGACUCGCACGCCCAUUUACUAAAUCAAUGCAACAAGGUGCUGCUACAACUGUGUUCUGUGCCACAGCUCUUGAGAUAGAUGGAUACGGAGGGAUGUAUUUUAACAACUGUUGUCGCUGUCUCCCAGCAGAGAAGACAUUUAAAGAAAAACUGUGCAAUGCAUUGUGGGAACUCAGUGAAAAAGAUGGUGUCAGAAGCAAUGGGAAGAUUUGAACUGUUAGAUUUGAAAGAGAAAAGUUGAGAAUCAUAACAGACCUUCAUUAUCUGUAUCUUUUAUUCAUUUUAAUUCAAACUGUUAAGUGUCAGGAUCAAGAAGGGAAGAGUGUAGCAUGAAUCCUCAUUUAAUUCAUCUAUUCUAAACAUACUUUCUCUCUCCUUGAUAAAAUUAACUCUUUGUCAUAUAAAUGCCAGAUUUUUUUAAUUUUCUGUAUUGAAUUUUAGUUAUUCAUUUUUUAUGGAUAUUAAAUUUCAGAAAUAUGGUUCACAGUAUUUCAUGAGAUGUAAUGUAAAUGGAAUAUCUGGUUCUAUUCUGUAAAAGUGACUAUCCUUACUAUGAGUUGACCACUUCCUGACUUUUACCCACACGAAAACGCAGUAGACUACUGCAAACAUGCUUCAAAUCUGCUUCAAUUUGGGAGCUAAUUAGCAUAUUUGAAA